AUGUCUUCACUCCCGCUAAACACUAAUGCGGCGAUCUCCGGCAUCUUGACCAGUGCUGCCAAUGUUGCCACUUCCAGCAACGGCCCUCCUCCCGCAAAUCCUUUUACUCGCCGCCGUGGCAGCGCCCCUCCCACCAUCGUUGCCGGCGGUCCCCCCAAUAGUUCCAUACUCCCUCGCAACACCUCUCGCGCUAAGGCCGCGGACACUGCGAAGCGUCGUAUUCGAUGGUUGGGAUCACGAAUGAUUCAACUCGAGCGGCGUCAACGCAUCCGGGAGGCGUAUGGAGACUCCUUGAUGCGUCAGAUCUCCAAUGAGCAGAGGAACACCUUGGGUAAUCAGCUUCCCACGGAGUUUGACAAGAAGUACAUUGUGGCCCUCGAUACUUUCGGGCACGAAAAUGAACAGCAAAUUCGAGUUGACGCUGAGAUCUUAGAGAACCUCGAUACCGAGCUCUCAGAGGAGAUGGACCGGGCUGCAGAGCUUGAGCACGACAAGGAAAUGGAGGACCAUUUCGCCAAGAUAAAGAGGAUGAUUGGAGAUGACGGAGAGGGUAUCGGAAAGAAGCAGAGUCGUAUCGUUUUUAAGCGCUCGUAA